AUGACAAGAAAGAGAAACUGGGAUGAAAAGGAAAUUGUGGUGCUCACUGAGGAAUGUAGUGCCAUCAUACAAAAGAAGCUUCCCCAGAAAUUAAAAGAUCCUGGGAGCUUCCAAAUCCCCUGCAUCGUAUGGGAAAUAAGCAUUGAGAAGGCACUAUGUGAUCUGAGAACCAGCAUCAACCUUAUGUCCUUGGCCAUGAUGAAAAGAAUGAGGAUAGAAGAGGCCAAACCUACAGGAAUGGCUCUUCAAUUAGUUGAUAGGACAUUCAGAUUCUCCCAUGGUGUGGUGGAAGAUUUGUUGGUAAAAGUGGAAGAGUUUAUCUUUCGAGCUGAUUUUAUUGUACUUGAUAUGGAGGAAGAGGCUAACACAUCAAUCAUCUUAGGAAGACCAUUCCUAGCUACUGUUGGAGUCAUAAUUGAUGUUCAAAAAGGAGAAUUAGUCCUGAGACUGCAUGAAGAAAAGAUGGUUUUUAAUGUUUUCAAAGCAAUGAGCUACCCCAAAGAAUCUAUUGGUGAAUGCAUGAUGGUGGAUACAAUGGAGAAGCUAGUCCAAGGAGUUUUGGAAGAAGAAUAA